AUGUUUGCAGGCCUUGUCGCCCUGGUUGCUUUACUGCUCUUUGCAGUACCAGCCAAGGCAUCCUUCAACGCCGCGUAUUGCUCGUCCCAGAAUACCGCGUCAAACACAAGUCCUCAAUGGCACCAGUGGCAGUCGAACGGGUGGUGCACUACCCAGUGCAACAAUGAGGGCACAUAUGCCUUCGCCGUCAUCCUCGAUCAGAACUGCUGGUGUUCCAACUACAUUCCCGAGGACCAGGAAGACACCAGCGAAUGUGAUGAAGAUUGCCCCGGCUUUCCGUCCGAAAAAUGCGGCAACAAGGACAAGAACCUCUACAUCUACAUCAAGCUGGACGGCUCUCCUUCCGGCACCAAGGGAACGUCUCAACCUACAUCCGCCAACAGCGAAAUAUCAUCAGAGACAGCCGCGCCCACGACUCUGCGGACCACCGCAACGUCUAGCUCGGAAGAAGUCGAAACGAUUGUGCCCGCUCCGCAGACCAGCAUAAGGAUUAUCACAGAAAGCGGCAGAAUCGUUACCCAGACCGUCAUUUCAACGCCAACAUCAGAACCCGUCUUGACGGGAGGUCGCAAAGGCUCGACGAACACGGGGGCUAUUGCUGGCGGUGUUGUGGGCGGACUUGUGGUGCUCGCAGCAAGCAUUGGUGGCGUCUUCUUUUUCUUAUGGAGGCGCCGCAAGCAACAAAGACGACAAGAGGAGGAGUUCCAGUCUGGCGUUCAGCGCAAUACGAGCACCAUGAGCAAGGCUGGGCUCCUGCGAGGAGAGAAGGAUCCUCAAUAUCCGCCCCCGAUUGCUACCAAUUUCACCAGGCGUUCCAGUCGAAUAAUGCUAGACAACGAGUCGAUCAGCCCCAUAUCCGGAUCUGACCGAAGGAAUAGCAGACACAUGAUCGACCAGCGGCUCAAUCCGUCAGCAGUAUUUGUUCUUGACAAUUCGAGUCGAGGAAGCAUCGCCAGCCUGGACGAUAGCCGUGAUUACCACCGCGCACUCAACGUUCGGAACCCUGACCCGGACACUCAUUGA